AUGACAACACCAUUCACCCUUAGUAACCUCCCUUACGGGGUUAUCUCGACCGCUUCCGAUCCCAAGCUUAGAUGUGCAACUGCAUUCGAAGCCAAUGCAUUAGAGCUUCACGCCCUUGAAGAGGAUGGAUUCUUUCAGGAUAUCCCGGGAUUCGAGGGAAAGAGUAUCUUCGGCCAGACGUACCUGAAUGAGUUUGUCGUUUUACCCACAGAAAGCCAUGUUGAAGUCAGACGACGCCUGACACGCUUUCUUAUCUCGGACUCUAACUCCGGCAACAAAUAUUUCACUCCACUAGAGAUGGUAACCAACCAUCUCCCCAUGAAUACGUACAACUUUUCGGACUUCUACUGCUCACUUGAGCAUGCAAAGAAUUGUGCUAUAGUAAUGGGCGCAAAGAUGCAGCCCAGCUGGUUUAGUGUGCCAUCUGUUUAUUGCAGCAGGACCUCCAGCCUUCAAGUUUCUGGGACACCAGUCACUAGACCGCGUGGGGUUAUCCAGGAAACGCUAACCUCCACCCCUGUCUACGCAGCUACUAGAAAGCUGGACUUCGAACUUGAGAUGGGCGUUAUCAUUUCAAAACCGCUUCCACCGGGCCAACGAUUGACGACUAAAGAAGCCAAAGACCAUAUUUUCGGCUUUGUCAUCCUAAAUGACUGGUCUUCCAGAGAUAUACAGUCAUUUGAAAUGACACCAUUAGGCCCUUUUCACAGCAAAGGCUUCAUGACAAGUAUCUCUCCAUGGAUUGUGACCAUGGAAGCACUGGAAUGUUCUGAGACUUCUCGAACUAUUCCCCAGAACCCGGCCCCUCCGCCACAUUUGGCCUGGAACGGGCCAUCGGAUUGUGCGACCUUUGACAUUGACCUAUCUGUCCAGAUUAUCCGACAACGGAAAUGCUAUCAGGUCACUUCGACCAAUUUGAAGGAACUGUACUGGACACCGUAUCAACAGCUUACUCAUCUAGUCAGUGCUGGUGAACCACUAACAACUGGAGACAUAUUCGGAACAGGAACCAUUUCAAGUGAUCGCGUGAAUGAUGCGAAUGAAAAGAUUGGCCUUGCUUGUCUGAUCGAAAGAUUAGCACCGCAGAACCAACUUUCAAUCAUGAAGCAAGACAAUCUCGUUUUUCUGGAAGAUGGAGAUGAGGUUAUCAUGGAAGCUUGGUUUGUAGGCCAGGAUGAUAAAAGACGCGGGGGGUUUGGAACUUGUCGAGGAACUGUUAAAGCAGCAAAUUUGUAA